CACUGUCGCAGUGCCAAUGCAAAUGCAUAUUUCGCCGUUUAAAUGCUGAAAAGUAUAUUGUCUGGGGCGAAGAUGUCCGUUAUAUCGCCAAAAGGCCAGGCUCGGCUCUGUAAGUUGAAGGUCGAAUUAGGAGUUCGCAUCCACCCAAUAGAGUAUAAGAUAGGCAUUCGAGGUUUGAAUUACCUUCGCAAAAAGUCGGCGGAAGGAAUGCUUCGCGAUUGUGACUGAAUGAAUCAUGAAUUCCAUAUCCGGCAGACUGAUAUUCACUCGCAACAACAAUGAAAGCAUUUUUAAGUCCUGCGAAGUAUAUAAAGAAGAGCCUUCGACAAAGACAAACUGAACGAUGUAUAAACUUCAGACAUAGUAAGAACUCAGAUAACACGAAAGACUUGAUGACCAAAAAUCAAGGAGAGAAUAUGUGCUACCAUCAGCUCUACAUCUUCAUGCACUGUGGUCAUGUCAUCCUCGAACCCGAACCCAUUCCACCACUUUGCCUUCGUGCCAGAGCCUUCGCAUCAUCACUGGGCACAGCAGUACCCAGCCUUACCGCCACAUUGCCAUCUCGUCUCACUCUAUCGCACCCUUCGCACCCUUCACAUGCCGCCCGGGCACGAAGCACAUACCACCGCCUCUUUCCAACUCCCUGUGAGCCGCGCACACAUCCCUUCCGCGCGAACAAGAUCGAGAGACUCUGCCUGUCAUGUGCGCGCGAAAAGAAUGAACGGCUUAAGGAGGUGGUAACGGAACAGGAGGUUCGAUUCGAGGAUUGGAAGUGGAGAGUUGCGUACAGGAGUCCUCGCGCAGAGGAGAAGGCGUGGGAGAGAUGGGGCGAUGCGGGGAGUGCAUGGGGCAAUGGAGGAGACAUUGGAGCUAUGAUGGGAAGCAUUGGGAGCGAAAUGGGCAUGCCCAAUAUUGGAGAGGUUUUCAGCAAUGUUUGGGGAACGGAUAGGAAUGGUGGAAGCUCGAGAAACUCCAUCAACUGGAUCCUUAUUGUUGUCAAGCUCUCAUACUCCAAAUCUUUGAGACUCAAUUCUAUAUUACUUGUAGCAAUUGGCUCGAGGGAGCAAGGAACAAUUCCUGGCCACCCGACGACUGCAUCUAAAGAGCUAUUCUCACUCCCAUCACCCAUCGAGUCAACCCCCGAAACCUAG